AUCGCCUUCAAUUCACCCACAAAUCCUCACAUCAUGCGCGCAACACUCAUCAGAAGGGCCGGCGGCAUGCCUCAAUUCCCUGGCAUGUACCGCCAGAACAACGUCCCAGCCUGGCAACGACUCCACCAGGCCCACGACGGCGUGCGAACAUGGAACAAGGGACCACGAGCCAAGUACAUGCUCUACCCAUACUACGCCCUGAUGAUCUCCACUACUGCCGCUGCUCAGUACAUGAUGUUCCGCAUGGUUUUUGGCAAAAAGACUUGGUGGUAAAGGAGAUAUGCUUAGAUGGGCAAGAACAGGGAUAGGCAAUGGUGGUUUGGACAUAUGGCAAUGACUCCGCAAAGUCAGGUAUGAGUCGGUAUGAAUUCACCAAUGUCAGCUAUGGAACACUUUUUAUUUUUCUUUGUGUGCACUUGCGGUACUUCAGAUGUGCUCGAGAAAAGGCUGGACCUCCCUGCACCCCCUGCAUUCUGGCGUCCAGGACUCACGAUGGUAGUGAUUCUCGAACCUACGAC